CCGGUCUCUGUCGUAGUCUUCAAGGAACAGACUGUAGGCGCCGAAUCGUUCACGAAAGGUCCAUCAGUAGUAUCCACACGCCAUUGUGAAGAACACUUCACAUUGCUAUCUUUUGUAUUGUUUCUUUGAGACAGUUUUCACAUUUGAGUUUUUUUUAAACAAUAAUACGAAGAGAAGAGAUAAUGGCUUCAGACUCCUGGGCCCAGGCAGUGGACGAGCAAGAGGCUGCGGCGGAAUCGAUGGGCAACCUUCAAUUAAAAGAGAAGCCUGGGGAAAACGGCACAUCUUUACUGUCAGCAGAGAGCGCAGCUGCAAAGUCGGAGGCUGCAGGUGAUAAGAAGACUGCAGAUGAUGAUGAAAAUGAGGACAAAGCAGCCCAGUCGUUGUUGAACAAACUGAUCCGAAGUAAUCUUGUCAACAACACUAAUCAAGUAGAAGUCCUUCAAAAGGAUCCUAACUCUCCGCUCUUCUCUGUGAAAUCAUUUGAGGAGUUACGGCUCAAACCGCAGCUCCUUCAAGGAGUCUAUGGUAUGGGUUUUAACCGGCCAUCCAAAAUCCAGGAGACAGCCUUACCCAUGAUGCUGGCUGAACCUCCACAGAAUCUGAUUGCCCAGUCCCAGUCAGGAACAGGAAAAACGGCCGCCUUUGUCCUCGCCAUGCUCAGCCAUGUUAAUCCAGACUACAAGUAUCCCCAGUGCCUGUGUUUGUCACCCACCUAUGAACUGGCCCUUCAGACCGGCAAAGUCAUCGAGCAGAUGGGCAAACACUAUCCGGAGGUGAAGUUAGUCUAUGCCAUCCGAGGAAAUAAACUGCAGCGAGGCAUGAAGCUGCAGGAACAGAUAGUCAUUGGCACCCCUGGCACUAUGUUGGAUUGGUGCAGCAAGUUGAAGUUCAUAGAUCCCAAGAAGAUUCGUGUGUUUGUGCUGGACGAGGCUGACGUCAUGAUUGCAACGCAGGGUCACAAAGACCACAGUAUCCGCAUCAAGAGGAUGCUGCCCAAUAACUGCCAGAUGUUGUUGUUCUCAGCCACAUUUGAGGAGACGGUGUGGGACUUCGCCAAGAGCAUCGUGCCUGACCCCAACAUCAUCAAACUGAAGCGAGAGGAAGAGACGCUGGAUACUAUCAAACAGUACUAUGUGUUGUGCAACAGCAAGGAGGAGAAGUUUGAAGCCCUGUGUAACAUCUACGGCGCCAUCACCAUCGCCCAGGCCAUGAUCUUUUGUCAUACAAGGAAGACUGCUGGCUGGCUGGCAGGGGAACUUUCCAGAGAGAACCACCAGGUGGCGCUGCUUAGCGGGGAGAUGCAGGUGGAGCAGAGGGCUGCAGUCAUUGAACGAUUCCGAGAUGGAAAGGAGAAGGUCCUUGUUACUACAAAUGUCUGCGCUCGAGGAAUCGAUGUCGAGCAAGUAUCGGUGGUGAUCAAUUUCGACUUGCCAGUGGACCGAGAUGGCAACCCAGACAACGAGACGUAUCUGCACAGGAUUGGCCGCACGGGCCGAUUCGGCAAAAGAGGGCUGGCCAUCAACAUGGUGGACAGCAGGAUGAGUAUGAACAUCCUCAACCGGAUCCAAGAGCAUUUUAAUAAGAAAAUUGAGAAGCUAGACACACACGACCUGGAUGAAAUCGAGAAAAUCGCCAGCUAAAUAAAACAAGUGGCUGAAGACGGGACUACUUCUGUGCUCUCCAAGGACUGUAACGCUUCUCUAUGCUACGUUUUAGGUUUUUAGUGUUGCUUUUUUUUUUUUUUAAAGCUGUCAAAGAAAAAAACAAACAAACAAGGACAACUACAAAUAUUGCACAUGUUUACACACACAGGAGACAGGGACUUGAGUGAAACACAUGAUUUUGUAAAUGAAACAUACCCCAUUUCACUCUUUUACUUCUUGAAAUAAAGCUUUGAGUUGUGAUGUUUAAAAUGCGACUCAUCUUGUACACGUCAAACAGUCGAGAUUCCCGACCAGAACAGAAAACAAAAAAACAAGGCUGUUGAUUUGAUUGAACGAGCCAAGUGAAUGUAUGGCCGCUUCCACAGCCAGUAAGAAAGGGUGAAGUUGGGUAUGCUGUUGCAACAUUUUGGAUGACGACGGUGAUGCUUGAAGGGUCUAUGCAAACUCGGUGUAUACCUGUACUCACAUGACAGAAAUGAAUUUUCAAAUUAACCUCAACUUUUAGCUUUCAGGGUGCUUAGCCAAAUGGCAAAAAUGGCUGCCGAUAGAGAUACCACAUAACUCCGCAUCAACGGCACGUCUGCCUCCUUCAUUUAUUUAUAGUGUUUUAAAACAAUUUGGGAUGCGCGGCGGUAGCUUUUAGACUUCAUCUUUUUUUUUUUAAACAUUUGCCACAUAAUGCUUUGAUUCCUUCCGAAUUUGGACCUGAUUUGUUUUUCUCUUGUUUGAGUCUCCUCAAUCAGGGUCGGACUUGAGCUGUGGUUUGUUCUCAUUCAUGCAGACUGCACACUUAAUGGUUGUGAGUGAGAUAAAUACACAAAGCCUUCCUCAAGUGCAUUAUAUAUACACAUAUGAUUUUGUUAUCGAUAAUCCAAAAAUAUUGGGCUUAACGUGCUGAGUAAGACUUGAUAUUUUUCCGUAUUGAAUCCUCUUAAACCAAAUGCUGAAUUGACUUGAGGACCUACGCCAAUCAUCGCUGUGUUACUACAAUAGACGUGUACUUGUGUACACAAUCGUAGGGUCAAAUAAAUAGCGUGACUGAUUUAUUGAUAGGGUCGCUUCUGAGAAGUGCAAAAAAAAAAAAAAAAACAUUCCUCAUGAGAUUCAACUUUGAUGGACAGCAAUUCAAAACAAAACAUUGACUGUGUGUAUUAUGUGGGUUUUAAUUUGUUCUCCUGGAACGUCAAAAAAAAACCUCAUCCGACCCCCAUCGGCACUGACACAACUGCCAGUGGUGGUACACUUUUAUUCUAUGGACUGUUUACGGACAGCGCACAGGAAGUAGAUGCAGCCAAAUUGGAAGGCGAUAUGGAUUAUCUAUGGAAAACCUUUUUAGGUCUGCUGUUUUUAUUUGGAUGUACACGUAGAGCGAGCAUGUGCGCCUGUGCACUUUCUACACGGUAUACCGCUCACUGUCGGACAGCAGUUUGUGCUAGCUAGUGUUAACACUCCACAUGUUGUAAACCUUGUUUUGAUAUUAGGGAGAGACGCAAAAUCCGAGGUUAGGCUUAACGUGUCCUGUUUGAAACAAGGUAGGCUCCGAGCGGGUUUUGUCAAUGGCCGACUUGUAGCGAGGCUGCAUUCAUGGACAAGUCAUGUAUGAAUUAAAAACAUGUAAAUGUU